UGCCUCAUCCCGCUGUCAGUGCCCUCUCGUCCUCGUAACCCGCAGAGGAAGGAGUUGAGUUUGUUUUGUCGCGGCUGAAUUAUUUUGUAUAUUUUGACAGAAACUUGAAAUGUUCUUGAGGCUCAAAGCAAACUCGCGAUCUGCUGCUGCGGUCCCACACCUCAUUGCCUUUUUACUUCAUUUAGAUUGGGGUUGUCUGAUAUCCUGCUGCAUUCAGCGACAUCAACAGGCCCAGGCAGUGUUUUGUCAAAAAGAAAUGCUCAAUGAAGAUUAGAAAGACACUGAGAGAACUCCACCAAAGCAAACAAACAAGAGAAGAGAAUCAAUCCUGGAACGCCCACCAAAACAAGGAAGAGGCUGCAGGACAGUGUUUAUAAAAUCCUCAUUAAGGAAGCUGUGAGAUAACGCACACGGCAGGCCAUCGCACACACACUCACACACACACACAUGCACACACGCACGCACACACAUACACCACAAAGAGCCCAUAAGCACUGCGCAGUGCAGGGCCCACCAUAUCGUAGAUAAGGGACAGAGCUGGGAAGGGAGAGCAGAACAGAGACGGACCAACAAGGGAGAGGACACUACAGAGAUGAGUGGGACAAACAAAGACGAGCCUCGGCCACCCUGCCACCGGAACCACAGUCCUGCUGUAAGGGACUUCAAAAGGUGUGCAUGAGAAUAAAUACUGUGAGAUCUGGAGGGAGCGCCAGGCGUAAACACGAAUGCAGAGGGCCUCUCGUUGACCAGGGAAAGGGUCCGCUGCUGCUGAAGAACCACGACUGCCUCAAAUGUUUCAGACUGCAGAGAAACUGAACACAAGUUAAUGAACCUUUUGGUUUUUUUUGCAUGAGCUCGACUACAGGACACCCCAGUGGGCAGACACUAGAUCGCUGCAGACUGCUUCUCUCAUGGCGAGCAUUUGGGUCUCUCACCCGGGAACCAUUUGCACCUCCAAGGUUUUGUUCUUGCUGUUUUCCAUCCUGCUGCUCAGAGGGCCUCUCUGUGGAGAAAGCAACCCCAUCCCCAGCGCUCAUCACAGGCAGAAUCCUGCUCCAGGACUAGGGGACGGGCAUGGAGGGGUGGUGGAUCCUUCGCUGCUGGAGCAGGAAGACAACGCAAAAAUGCAAAGUCUGCUGGAGAACCUGAAGGAACAGUUUCUACAAACUUUCAACCUGUCUGGCUUGGGUUCUCCAAUGUCGCCUCCUAGAAGUACAAAAGAAGAGCCUCCUGAAUACAUGAUGGAGCUUUAUAACCGCUUUGCUAAUGAUCGGACGGCCAUGCCCACCGCCAACAUCAUACGCAGCUUCAGAAACGAAGAUUCAAAUCCCAGCGUUGUGGGUGUCAGAGGAGUGAGACGCCACCCACUCCUCUUCAACGUGUCGGUUCCCCAUCACGAAAGCAUCGUGACGGCAGAGCUUCGCCUCUACACUCUGGUCCAGACUGACCGACACCUUUAUACUGGAGUGGACCGCAAGGUCACCAUCUAUGAACUGAAAUCCCACGACUGGCUUGGCAACGCGACCGAUGUGAAAACAACGAGGGGAGAUGCCUUCAGAGAAGAAGAGGAGCGGACUCAGUUGGUAGAACUGGCUUCGCGUCAGGUUUACGGGACCGAUAACGGCUGGGAGGCUUUUGAUCUCACCGGCGCUGUUCAGCGUUGGCGCAAAUCUGAUGGCGGCACCACGCGCCGACUGGAAGUCCACAUAUCGAGCAUUUCCAGUGAUCGGAAUGAUCAAGGUGUGAGAAAUGACAGAAAAGACAGGAGUCCACCUGAAGGGGACAUGAGGAUUGACAACAGCCCAGAGGAAAAGCACAACCCCCUGCUGAUUGUUUUCUCUGAUGAUCAGAGCGGUGAUCAUCGCGAUGACAAACGUGAGCUGAAUGAGAUGAUUGACCACGAGACUUCUAACGCCGUGCUGCAGAACGACAUGGAAGUGGGUCUGGACGGGAUGUGGGGGGAGGUGGGAGGGGACAGUGAUGAAGGAGAACCAAAUGAAGAAGACCUUAUCCAGAUGCGCUCUAACUUGAUCUACGACACGGCAUCCCGCAUUCGGCGCAACGCCAAAGGGAACCACUGCAAGAAGCAAUCUCUAUACGUGGAGUUCAAGGAUAUUGGAUGGGACAGUUGGAUCCUGGCGCCCACUGGUUACGAAGCUUUUGAAUGCGCUGGCAUUUGCUCCUACCCGCUGACCAAGCACGUCACACCCACCAAGCACGCCAUUGUCCAGACGCUGGUCAAUAUCAACAGCCCCCAGAAGGCGGCUCAAGCCUGCUGCGUGCCAACCAAGCUGGACCCCAUCUCUCUUCUCUACCUGGACGACACAGGGGUGGUUACGUACAAGUACAAGUAUGAAGGGAUGGUUGUGGCUGAGUGUGGCUGCAGAUAGUCCAUCUUUUUGGUUGAACUCUUUGUAAAGUCUUACCAGACGAGGACGACACAACAUCAACGAUUGUGGAGAAAAGCCAAGAGGGCAGGGGCAAAGCUCUGAGCACCACCUAGUGAGACCGACAUGUCACGUCACCGUUGAUGAAGCUACCUGUGAGAACAAGACUCUGCACAGCCAGACCGGAACUAUUUCAUCUUCCAAGGCAUAAAGCGUGAAUCUCUGCAGCAUCGGUGGAGAAGACUUGAGCCGUGGAACAGACCUACAGACGGAGUGUUGCCACUAAAAAGUUACACUCUCAUCCCCAAAACCUCUGUAAAAACUGAGCUGUGCAACAAUCUGUGCGCACCGGUGGGAACUCGUGGGCCAGUCGUCUUCCUCCCUCUGCUUUCCCCUGACAGCUGUCUUCCUCUCCACUUAUCUCUGGCCUCCCAACUCAAUGCAAACACUCAUCAGCACUUCAUGUGCCUCGGUGCAGUCAAAUGACCUGCCUGAGGCAGCCUGACAGGCCACAAACUCCGCAGGCCCGCCUCCUGCAGCGCCCUGAUAUGUGAGCUCUGUGCAAGCGCUCCCGGUGGCAGGGCCACUUAUCUCAACCCCGUUUCCCACUUCACGUCUAUUUUCCACUCUCCUCAAGCCGCAGCGAUAGCGAGGUGUUGGGGGUUAAAAAACAUUACUCCACCACGUGUGCUCGGAGGACUGAAUGCAACUUUUCAAGUGUGUGUGUGUGGGUGGGGGGGUCCACAUUCUCAGGCUACAUUUUAAACUAACUGACCCAGCAGUCUGUGCCCUCAGCAUGUCUCCAGCAGUCAUCCAUCACUUGCGUGAGAACAGGAUGACUGUCUUUAAGCCUGAAGUAAAAAUGGCGGAGGGCUCUUGUUGUUCCGUUAUGAGCUGUUUGUUAUGUCUGCUGCCUGUGUCUCAUAAAAUACUAUUUAUUGUUCUAAUUUAUUAAUUUCUACACCAAAGUAGAUGAAUAUAUUUGUACGUUUGUUUGUUAACGCAGGUUUUGUACCCAUGACAAUGCAUUUGCAGCACGAAAAAAUGUUGGGAAGAAAAACGGUCAAAGAUUGUAAAACAAUGAAAUAAACAAAACUACUCAACACA